CUCUCUUUCUCUCUCUACCCUCUUCUCACCAUUUCCUAUCCUCUCUUCAGCAAUGCCACAACACACCUCUGCUUCUCUUCUAUUUUGAUUCCAUAGAAACAUAGAGGCAGCCUUGUUUUGGCAUAAUCUGUAAGCAGAGGGGAGGAAAACAGAGCAGUCUGUAUCAAAAUCAUUCAGUUUAUCAAUCUGGGUAGAGAGAGAAACCCCCAAAUCUCAACCACAUUUAGAUCUACUUUCCCCUGUUUUGCUCUGUUUCAGGUGAAGCUAGAGAGUGAAAAUGGCGGAUGUGGUAUCCGGGAAGAAUCUCAUACCGGAGAGUUUUCCGGGGGCGUCGGUGGACUUGGCGGCACAAAUUGGGUUGUUGUGGGACCUGAUUAAAGCGCCAUUGAUAGUACCAUUGUUGAGAUUGGCCGUUUAUGUCUGUUUGGCGAUGACUGUGAUGCUUUUUCUCGAAAGGCUUUACAUGGGCAUCGUGAUUGUCCUCGUUAAGCUCUUCUGGAAGAAACCCGACAAGCGAUACAAUUGGGAACCCAUUCGUGAUGAUUUGGAAAUCGGAAAUUCUGCUUUUCCUUUGGUUCUUAUUCAAAUCCCAAUGUUCAAUGAAAAAGAGGUAUACAAGAUCUCAAUUGGGGCGGCGUGUAAUCUCUCAUGGCCAUCCGAUCGUCUCGUGAUUCAAGUACUCGAUGACUCUACUGAUUUUGUCAUCAAGGAUAUGAUUGAGAAAGAAUGCCAAAGAUGGGCCAGCAAAGGGGUUAAUAUCAGGUAUCAAAUUAGAGAAAACCGAGGUGGUUACAAAGCCGGUGCUCUUAAAGAAGGAUUAAAGCACGAUUACGUUAAAGAUUGUGAAUACGUGACCAUUUUCGAUGCUGAUUUCCGUCCGGAGCCUGAUUUUCUGCGACGAGCCAUCCCGUUCCUCGAGUUCAACCCACAAAUCGCCCUUGUUCAAGCUCGAUGGCGGUUCGUGAAUUCUGAUGAAUGUCUAUUGACAAGAAUGCAAGAGAUGUCACUAGAUUACCAUUUCACAGUGGAGCAAGAAGUAGGAUCAGCUACACAUGCAUUUUUUGGAUUCAACGGAACCGGUGGCGUGUGGCGGAUUGCCGCUAUCAACGAAGCCGGAGGAUGGAAAGACCGGACCACGGUCGAGGACAUGGAUCUUGCUGUCCGAGCCGGUCUCAAGGGAUGGAAAUUUCUAUAUCUUGGUGACCUUCAGGUGAAAAGUGAACUUCCUAGUACAUUCAAAGCCUUUCGAUAUCAGCAACAUAGGUGGUCUUGUGGUCCAGCCAAUUUGUUCAGGAAAAUGGUGAUGGAGAUUGUUAGAAACAAGAAAGUCACGUUGUGGAAGAAGUUGUACGUGAUCUACAGUUUCUUCUUUGUACGAAAGAUCAUAGCUCAUAUGGUCACAUUUUUCUUUUUCUGCGUCGUUCUCCCCCUCACGAUCUUGGUCCCUGAGGUUGAGGUCCCGAUUUGGGGAGCCAUUUAUAUCCCCUGCAUCAUCACCACCUUGAAUUCAGUCGGAACUCCAAGGUCGAUACAUUUAUUAUUCUACUGGAUUCUUUUUGAGAACGUUAUGUCCCUGCACCGGACUAAGGCAACGUUCAUUGGAUUACUUGAUGCAAAGAGAUCUAACGAGUGGGUUGUUACUGAGAAACUAGGAGAUGCUCUCAAGAACAACAAAUCAAAUGCGAAAGCCGCGCCGAGAAAAUUCAAAUUCAACAUCGGGGACAGAAUUCAUCUUACGGAGCUUGGAUUUGCGGCGUUCCUGUUCUUCUGUGGAUGCUACGAUUUUAUGUACGGAAAGCACAACUAUUUCAUAUACAUCUUCCUGCAGACGCUCACAUUCUUGAUCGUUGGAUUUGGAUACGUGGGCACCAUCGUCCCAAGCUCUUAAAAGGAAUGUAGGGCGCGAAAGGGCGUACUUCAUCUUCCAUCUCAACUUAUUAUUCUCAGUAUAUACAAUCUUUGAUGAAUGUGAUUGAAACACAUAGACGUUGAGAAGGCAGAGGAAACAGAUGUGUUUGUGAAAAAUUUAAGGAAAAAAAUAGGUUGUUUGUUAGAAGAGCAUAAUUUAAGCAUAGUAUACAGUUGAGAAUAUUUGAAAGACGAUGAUGUUUUAUUUGAUUCCUAGUUGCUUUUGUUUUAAAUAUAUGUUGGGUUGGGUUGGGUUUUUUUUAGAUUUAUGUUUUUGUGGAGGGAGGGGAAUAAUAUGGCAUUUGGCAAUAGAAGGAGGACUAAGCUUGUAAUAUGCCAUCAAAUUCUAUUCUACUCUUUCUUCUUUUUUAUUUGUUUUGAGGGUUUAUUAUGUGUUGUAGUACAACUUCAUACCAUUAAAUUAAAGAAAUGUUUGCCC